CUAUGCCAGCUGAGUGGAUUUGCACCAGUCGAUAAACGCGACAUACGAUCUCAGCUUCAUCCAGAUCGAGAUCGGGAACGACUGGUCAAUCAAGCUGACCGAACAGACGCGCAUAUUGAUGAGCUGGGAGGCCCGAUCAAUAUAACGAUUUCCGUUAGAUUGGCGGACGCUGCGAAAGAAGGAAAUAUACAAGCUCUAACGGUAGCAUAUGGAACAAAGGAAAAACAAUGCGUUGCAAAAUUGGCAAUACCCAUCAACCCGGAAACAGAUAUCAAAGCCUUACUGGAUACAAAGAUAUACACAGAAACAGUGUCUAUCUACCCCAAGAGUCACAGUUGGAGUGCAAGUCAGUGGAUCAAAGCUGCUACCAUUUCCAGUUAUGGCAAUCAGAUUCCCCUAAAUGUCACACAGCCAUAUCGAUUGACCGAGGUGCUGACUGGAUCGCUGCAUUUUGGGGAGAACUGGGAGCUGCUUGCCGACGUGAAGUUUCAUGAGCGGUUCGAUUUCCCCAAUAACGACCCCGUGAAAAUUGAUACGAUCUCGAUGGAUGUCUUUUGUUCGGUUAAUCCACACAUUCCGAAAGCGAGCAAUAAUCUGUUUUUCGCAACCACAAAUGUGGCUCUAUAUGCCACCAGAAGUGAGUCAUUUAUCCUUUCCGGUUUUCACAACACUGAGUAA